CUUCUGCCAUAGCCAAAUCAAACAAGUUUACCAUUUUUGAUGACUUUUAGACUCUUGUUCGCUCAUAUGUGAUUGUUCACCACAUUAUCACAAGAAAACUUCAUGACUGCAUAAACAGUUUAGUCAAACGGCUACUGACAUCUGCGUACUUGUUAUGGAUGGAAUACAUCUAAUAAUUUGCCUGCUGUGGGCAUGUGUGAAUGUGUGUGAGUGUGAGCCAGCCAUGUUUGGGGAGGUGUCUUCUCCACAGUACCCUCAACCAUAUCCAGCAAACUUCCAGGAACAAUGGGACCUGGAGGUGCCUCAAGGCUACCAGAUCCAGCUAACGUUCAAUCACCUGGACAUUGAGCCCUCUCCAGACUGUUAUUACGAUUCGGUCUCGGUUGUGUCUGAUAAUAAGGUUCUAGGGAAGUUUUGUGGCCAGAAUUCCAUAGACAGGUUUCACCCGGGUGACAAGCCCAUCUUGGCUCCUCGUAACCGUCUGCAGCUGGUUUUUCUAACAGAUAACUCAAAUCACGAGUCACACUUGGGAUUCACCGCAUUCUAUCAGGCUGUUGACAUAGAUGAGUGUUCCUCUUCCAGUGUGGAAAACGCACCAUGUUCACAGAUAUGCCUCAACACUCUUGGCUCCUACCUGUGUGCCUGUCACCAUGGUUACAUGUUACGGCCCGACCAACGCACCUGUGUCUUGGAGUGUGGAGGUGGGGUGCACAGUGAAUUAGAGGGGACCAUCUCGAGUCCUGGGUUCCCAGACAUGUCCCCUCUUGAUCUGGACUGCGUCUACACCAUCUCUGUGCAGCCAGGCUUCAUGAUCACUCUCAACUUCAGCCAGAACUUCCACAUAGAGCAGGUCUACAAUCAAGGACAGACAUGCCUCUUCCAUUGGCUGCAAGUGUCUGUCCAAGGAAAAAAGCCCCAAAAGUACUGUGGCGGAAAAAGCCCCGAAGUCCUGAACACAGGCGCUCACUUUGUCCAGCUGGAGUAUCACACUGACAGAUAUGGACAGAGUCAGGGGUGGAGCUUACAUUACACCACACAGAGGGUACAGUGUCCACAUCCAGGCAUUAUCGGCAAUGGAACAGUCACACCAAAUUUUGCCCAGUACUUGUACAGAGACUACAUUCAUGUGCGCUGUAAGCCAGGAUACAAGCUCAUGAUGGGAGAGAAGGAGAUUUCAAGUUUUAAGUCCAUAUGUCAGAGUAAUGGAAAAUGGCAUUUGACACUGCCAGAGUGCAAGAUUAUUGACUGUGGAGCUCCAAAGCUGCUGUUGAAUGGAGACUUUCAGUUUAUCAGUGGAGAAAACAAUGAAUAUCUUUCGGUCAUAGAGUAUCACUGCAAUGAGCCAUACUACAGAUUUAAGGAUACUGCCAAAGUAACAUACAGGUGUGCAGUUGAAAGAAAAUGGACAGAAGUCAACAACAAUGAUAUUAUUCCACCUUGUUAUCCUGAGUGUGGAAUGAACACAGAAGUCAGUGUUGGUGGCAGAGUCUUUGGUGGGAUGCCAGCCAGACCAGGACAGAUUCCCUGGCAGCUUCUCCAUAAGACUCAUACCAGAGGUGGUGCAUCUCUGAUCAGUGAUUACUGGGCUCUUACAGCUGCUCAUGUGGUAGAUGGACUUGAAAACAUUAACAUGACUUGGCUUGGUGGAAUAACUAAAGCUAGGAACCAAAACCCAGUCAUUAUGGAGGCAGAGAAGAUUAUAAUUCACCCAAAUUAUCAGAGGGUUUCUUUCAGGGGUCAUCAAACAAACUAUGAUAAUGAUAUUGCACUGAUCAAAAUGUCUGCUAGAGUGCCUCUCGGUCCAAACAUCAGGCCAGUGUGUCUGCCAAACAAAACACAUGAAUCUGUAAUGGAGGGUACAAUGGGAACAGUAUCAGGCUUUGGAGGGUUUAAAGAGGGCUUAACAAGUGAAAUUUUACGUUAUGGGCAUAUUCGGGAAUAUUCUUCUAAGCAGUGUGUUUUCGAGGACCUGCCUGUCACUGAUAACAUGUUCUGUGCUGGAGAUGAUGUUGAGCAUGUUGACAGUUGUCAAGGUGACAGUGGGGGUCCUCUGUUCUUCCCCAUGUUGGGUCAUGGAACUAAAGAGCAGCGCUACGAGGUGAGGGGCAUUGUGUCAUGGGGUCCUGUAAGAUGUGGUCAAGUUUCUAAAGCUUACUACACUAAAGUGCAGAACUACCUGGGCUGGAUUGAAGAAACAAUGGCAAAUAAUUAACAUCCGCUGUGCAAGAUGAUUUUGUCCCCUGUAAGACAUAAAAAAAAUCUAAUAAAAAAUGAACCUCUCGCUGA